AUGGAUAUUUUCUGGGCUGCUCCGCCUGUGACCAGGACGCUCACUGCUCUGGCACUCGUCCAGUCUGCUCUAGUACAUGGCGGCGCUCUCAGUGGAUAUCAUGUUGUCUUUCUGCCGCACUUGCUUUGGAAACUGCAGCUCUGGCGCCUGGUCACGCCAUUCCUACUAACGGGCGGCAAUAUCUCAUUCCUCCUGGACCUUUACUUCUUAUACCUCUACGGCAGUUCUCUGGAGACUGGUUCGCCCCGGUUCACCGAGCCCGGCGCUUUCUUCACCUAUGUGGUCUUUGUAGCUUCUGUCAUCAUGCUCACUGCAGGCUACUUCCUGGGCGGGUUGGUCUUUACGUCUGCAUUGAUCCUGGCCUUUGUCUACACCUAUGCCCAAGAUAACCGGGGCCGGAAGGCCACGUUCUACGUGAUCCAGAUCCCUGUCGAGUUCCUGCCAUGGGCAAUGCUUUUGAUGGCCUUUGUGAGCGGCGGUCCCUCUACCGUCCUAGCUGAGGCGAUGGGGAUUGUCGCAGCCCAUCUCUACGACUUCCUCACCCGUAUCUAUCCGGCCUUUGGCGGCGGGCGCAACUGGAUCACCACCCCUGCCUUUGUGCGACGGUACUUCGGCGCCCACACUCCCGCCAGCACCUCCCGUGCAUAUGGUACCGCCUUUCGUCAACCCCAGCCGUCCUCGGGGUCUUCUUCUGGUGGCUGGAGCUCGUCUCUCCAGAACCCAUGGAGCGGGCGUGGCGCAGGACGGAGACUCGGGGGUGAUUAG